AAGGUCCUCCCAAAGACAUACACACUUUGUCCCACAGUGCCCCCCACAGCGGGGGAAGGGAGGGAGGAGUCAGUCCCUGGGGAUAAAAAGUCUGCUCAGAGGAAGAGAAGAACACAUCAACAACAAAACCAGCAGAACUUUAAACGUCCUUCCAGGCUGCUGAUCAGCGUGGGCUUUUUGGAUCAGAAUGACUUCCCGUCUUUCGCUCCUUCUCUUCCUGUUGGCAUUGGCGCCAUCCAUCAUGGCGGCCACAGAACCAGCUGGCUGCAAGAUCCGCAUCACAGACAAAGGACUAAACAAGCUCAAGUUUGAGACGGAGAGGUUUGUGGAGGAGGAGCUGAGCAACAUCAGCAUUCCGGAGAUGAAGGGCGCUGAAGGACGCUUCCAGUACACCAUCACCGACGUGAAGAUAACGGAGCUGAACCUGAAUCACGCUGACCUCAGCUUCCUGCCCGACGUAGGCCUGCUCUUUGAUGUCCAGAACUCGUCCAUCACGCUGAGCUUCCACAGAGAGAUGCUCUACUGGUUCUUUUACGACACAGGAAACAUCAACGCUUCAGCCGACGGCGUCAACAUCAACACGGCACUCAAGCUGGUACGAGAUCAAGAUGGCCGACUGAAGAUCAGCAACAUUACCUGUGGUGCCAAAAUCCGCAGGAUGAGGGCAAAGUUCAGCGGAACGCUCGGGAAAGUUUACGACUUCCUGGCUAAGUUCCUCACCACCGGAAUGCGCUUUCUCCUCAACCAGAAGAUCUGUCCAGCUUUGGACCACGCGGCUCUGGUCCAUGUCAACUCCAUGUUAGAGACGAUCCCGGUGAGAACGGAGGUGGACAGCUACAUUGGGAUCGAUUAUUCCUUGAUGGAGGAUCCCGUGGUGACAUCUCGUAGCCUGGACAUGAACUUCCGAGGGAUGUUUUACAACCUGGCGGAGGAGAACGACACCUUGGUGAACUACGCAGCAGAACCUCUGAUUAGAGAAUACGACAGGAUGGUCUACUUGGCUCUUUCUGAUUUCUUCUUUGACAGCGGGUUGUUCUCUUACUACAAAGCCGGAAUCUUCCAGAUGGACAUCGUGAAUGAGAACAUGCCCAAAGAUCUGGAGGUGCUGCUGAGGACCACGUACUUUGGAAGCGUCAUGAUGCUGAACCCGUCGAUGAUGGACUCUCCCAUCUCUCUGCACCUGGCCGUCAAUUCACCUCCUAAAACCACCAUCAAGACAUCUGGGGCAACGGUUGCUAUGACAGCCAUCGUCAAGGUCAUGCUAAGGCCUGCAGGUCAAGCUCCUGUUCAGCUUAGCAGCAUGACCAUGGAAACAAAGUUUAACGCCAAAGUUUCGAUGAGGGGAAAACGUCUCGCUGUACAUGCUGAUCUACGCAGGUUCAAAAUCUUCUCCAACCAAUCAGCGCUGGAAUCUCUGGCGCUGAUUCCUCUGCAGGCUCCUCUGAAGACCAUGUUGCAGAUGUCUGUGGUUCCUCUGAUCAACAAUUGGACCAAGCGAGGCGUUCGGAUUCCUCUAGCGGAUGGGUUGGACUUCAUCGAGGAAGUGGUGGAAUAUCACAAUGGUUUCAUCGUCAUCGGAGCUAAUCUUCACUUCAGCAAAGGCCUGAGAGAAAUGGUGGGCGGGGCCACGACCAAUACCGACGAGGCACACUAAAGACAAUCACAUGUCAAUCACAUAUGUAAAUAUUUGUCUUGUGUACACUUAAUACACACUCUUUGUGGUG